AUGGUUCUGAAUGUUUCCUUCACGACUGGGAUGAGAAGAAUGUUUUAUCUUGUUUCUCCAGAAGAAUCUUCAUUUGAAAAAGCAGAAGAUGUCCCUAAAUAUAUAACUGAGUCAUAUCCAUUUUUCAUUUUCUUUGUGGUAAUAGAAGUAUUGAUAUCUAUGUAUAAACAAGACAAAAAGGUGCGACUAAAUGAUAGUUUGACGUCAGUUAGUGCUGGAAUGUAUUCAAGGCUACCAAUGUUGAUUAUACCGUCUAUAAGUAUUGUUACCUAUGUAUGGAUUUAUAAGAAUUUUAAUAUUAUUAAUCUACCGUGGAAUUCACCAUGGACGUGGUGGUUAUGUUUUCUAGGUGUAGAUCUAGGAUAUUAUUGGUUCCAUAGACUAGCACAUGAGGUAAAUUUUAUGUGGGCCGCCCACCAGGUACAUCACAGUUCAGAAGAUUAUAAUUUCUCUACAGCAUUACGUCAAUCAGUUUUACAAAUCUAUACUUCUUGGGUAUUUUAUUUGCCGUUAGCUUUGUGCAUACCACCGCCAAUAUUUAUAGCUCACAAUGAGCUUAAUAUAUUAUAUCAGUUCUGGAUACAUACUCAGUAUAUCCGGUCAUUGGGGCCACUAGAAUAUAUAUUGAAUACACCAAGUCAUCAUCGUGUUCAUCAUGGAAGAAACAGAUAUUGUAUUGAUAAGAACUAUGCUGGUACUUUGAUUAUCUGGGACAGAAUAUUUGGUACAUUCACCCCCGAAGAAGAAGAAGUAGCGUAUGGUUUAACUCAUCCCGUUGGAACAUUUGAUGCUACUGAUGUACAGUUUGGUUAUGGGGAGUAUCUGGUGCACAGGACCAACAAGAUGAUCAGCCUUGAAGAUAAGGUGAAAAGUUUAUUAUAUGGUCCAGGCUGGUUACCUGGAAAAGCAAGAACUGGUGAUAUCAACGACAUUCCUCAAAUUGAGAAACCAAUCAAACGAUAUGGAAACAUCAUACCUACAUGGUUGAAUAUAUAUGUCGUUGUACACUUUUCUUUAGUCUUUAUUGGUUUCCAAAUACUGCCUCAAAAAAUAACGGGUUUUAACCAAGCAACUGUGAUAUUAUUUCUACUGUUUAUUGGAUUUUCUUUGACGAGUUUUGGUCGCCUCUUUGAUGGCAGGUAUGAGACUUACCACUAUUUAAUAACUACAAUUUACGACUGUCUUUAA